GUGCUGUCAAAAAAGUGUAAAAUAUCUAUGCAAUAGAACAUUAUUAAUGUAAUUGAACUAAAUUUCUGGAUCACUUUAAUUGAAAGAUUUUAUUGAAAAAGUUCUACAAGAAAAUUGUGAAUCAUGGUUUAUAUAUCGAAUGACGGAAACGUAUUAGAUAGUACUCCCUGGAGUUUAAAAAGACUAUUUCAAUUCUUCACUGGAAUAAUUUACAUGGUUAUUAUGUUUUUUAGGACAUUGAUCAACCCUGAUAUGAACAAAUAUGGAAGUGAAUAUACAAGAGAUUAUAGACCUGGAUCUGGGCCACCACGUCCGCCAAUGCGUAGAUUAGGAAGACCUAAUAUGGGAAAUACAGUGGAUGUUCCAUUUGGAUGUAAAAGUUGUGCUAGAUAAGAUUAAACAAAACUUACCACUGGGAGAUACACAGAAAUCAUCUUCCACAGAAUGCCCAUAGACAUCAUCAUAACCUUCAUACUCUGUAAAAUGUUUAUUAUGUCAAGAAGUAAAAUAGAACAUUUAAUUUGUUAUACAAAUGCAUGUAUU